UCAGGACCAGAGGCAUGGGGUGGGCGCUGCGGCUCUGCCUGCUGGUGACUCUGGGCUGCCCUUGGGGCAGGGUCCAUGGGGUGAAGGAAACGGUGCUGGGUACCCUGGGCCAGGCGACGAUGCUGCGGAUCCCCCCGGAGCUCCGGGCCCUCACCCUGCGCUUCGGAGCUGGGCUCUGGAAGCGGGACACCGAGGACCCACAGCGGAAGCUGAUCCUGCUCAAGUACGCGGACGGGACCCACACCAACUACGUGCGGGACCGAGCCCGCUUCCACGAGCUGGAUUUCUCCCUGGAGAUCCUGAACACCAGCCGGCAGGACGGGCAGCUCUACGAGUACAGCGUGAGCAAGGGGCCCGAGGAGAAGGUCUGGCGGAUACAGCUGGAGGUCUAUGAGCCUGUGUCCCCCCCCAGCAUCCAGAUCCUCAGCUGGGUGCUGGCCAACGGCACCUGCAGCAUCACCCUCGACUGCGCUGCGGAGCGAGGGGACAGCAUCGCCUACAGCUGGGGCAGCGCCGACGCCAUCGCCUCGGGGCCCUGCUCCCGCAACAGCAGCCUCCUGCACCUCACCCUGCCCCUGCACAGCUCCAGCAUCUCCUGCUCCUGCACCGCCAGCAACCCCGUCAGCACCCGCAGCGUCGCCUUCCGCUCCUCCCGGUGCCGCCAGCAGCGAGCGGGCAGUGCCGGGCCGGGGCCGCAGGGUCUCCUGCUCGUGGUGGUGGUGGUGGUGCCCAUGGGUGCAGUGAUGCUCAUCGGGGCCCUCGUGGUUGCCCGUGUGGCCAAGGCCGGGGGCGGGCAGGGGGGCUCAGCCCCCCCCGAGGACAGCGCAGUGCACACCAUCUACUCCCAGGUGCAGCGGAGGCAGAGGCAGAAAGGAGCCCCCAUCACCGAGCCCCCCUCCUGCAUCACCAUCUACACCACAGCCACCAGCCAGCCCCUGGACACGGCACUGGUCCCCAGCGCAGCCCCUUGUGCCCCACGGGACCCCCCGGCACAGCCCCACACCCUGCAGGGCCACCUCGUACAGAGCCCCAUCAAGGAGCCCACGACCGUUUAUGCCAGCGUGAUGAUGCCCACGGCCUGAGCCUCUGCAGGCAGCCUCUGC